CGUGGGGUGCGGGCGCCCGGGAAUUCCCUCCUCCUCAAGUAACGCGUCCCGGGCCGGCUGUGCCGUCGUCGCUGCCUCCCGGCGCCCCGCGAUUAGGAGACGGAGCACGGAGAGAGGGCCGCGCGGGAGUGCGCCUCGGCCGGCCACCGUCUCCCCCAGCGACCCGUGCGAGUGCGGCCAGACGGCAGGUUUGAUAAUGGGCUGCAUUAAAAGUAAAGAAAAUAAAAGUCCAUCCAUUAAAUAUACACCGGAAAACCCUCCAGAGCCUGUAAGCACAAGUGGCAGUCAUUAUGGAACGGAACACACUACAGUUGCCCCAACCUCUUCCACAAAGGGAACAUCUGUCAAUUUUAACAGUCUUUCCAUGACACCAUUUGGAGGGUCAUCUGGAGUGACUCCUUUUGGAGGAGCAUCUUCCUCAUUCUCAGUGGUGCCAAGUCCAUACCCUACAGGUUUAACAGGUGGUGUCACUAUAUUUGUGGCCUUAUAUGAUUAUGAAGCUAGAACUACAGAAGACCUUUCCUUUAAGAAGGGUGAAAGAUUUCAAAUAAUUAACAAUACGGAAGGAGACUGGUGGGAAGCAAGAUCAAUUGCUACCGGAAAGAAUGGUUAUAUUCCUAGCAAUUAUGUAGCACCUGCAGAUUCCAUUCAGGCAGAAGAAUGGUAUUUUGGGAAAAUGGGGAGAAAAGAUGCUGAAAGAUUACUUCUGAAUCCUGGGAAUCAGCGAGGUAUAUUCUUAGUCAGAGAAAGUGAAACCACUAAAGGCGCCUAUUCCCUCUCGAUUCGUGACUGGGAUGAGGUAAGGGGUGACAAUGUGAAGCAUUACAAAAUCAGGAAACUUGACAACGGUGGAUACUACAUCACGACCAGAGCUCCGUUUGAUACUUUGCAGAAACUGGUGAAGCACUACACAGAACAUGCUGAUGGUUUAUGUCACAAGUUAACAACUGUGUGUCCAACUGUGAAACCUCAGACUCAAGGUCUAGCAAAAGAUGCUUGGGAAAUCCCUCGAGAAUCUUUGCGACUGGAGGUUAAACUGGGUCAAGGAUGCUUUGGUGAAGUGUGGAUGGGAACAUGGAAUGGAACCACAAAGGUAGCAAUCAAAACCCUAAAGCCAGGUACAAUGAUGCCAGAAGCUUUCCUUCAAGAAGCUCAGAUAAUGAAAAAAUUAAGACAUGAUAAACUUGUUCCAUUGUAUGCAGUUGUUUCCGAAGAGCCAAUUUAUAUUGUCACCGAGUUUAUGGCAAAAGGGAGCUUGUUAGAUUUCCUUAAAGAAGGAGAUGGAAAAUAUUUGAAACUUCCACAGCUGGUCGAUAUGGCUGCUCAGAUUGCUGAUGGUAUGGCGUAUAUUGAAAGAAUGAACUAUAUUCACCGAGAUCUCCGAGCUGCUAAUAUUCUUGUAGGAGAAAAUCUUGUAUGCAAAAUAGCAGAUUUUGGCUUAGCAAGAUUAAUUGAAGACAAUGAGUACACAGCAAGACAAGGUGCAAAAUUUCCAAUCAAAUGGACAGCGCCUGAGGCUGCCUUGUAUGGUCGGUUUACUAUAAAGUCAGAUGUGUGGUCAUUUGGAAUACUACAGACAGAAUUGGUAACAAAGGGGAGAGUACCAUAUCCAGGUAUGGUAAACCGUGAAGUACUGGAACAAGUGGAGCGAGGGUACAGGAUGCCUUGCCCUCAGGGCUGUCCAGAAUCCCUCCAUGACUUGAUGAAUCUUUGUUGGAAGAAGGACCCUGAUGAGAGACCAACAUUUGAAUAUAUUCAGUCCUUCUUGGAAGAUUACUUCACUGCUACAGAGCCACAAUACCAACCAGGAGAAAAUUUAUAAUCCAAGUAGCCUGUGUGUGCAGAUCUUCCAAAACAUAAAGACCUUUGGGAGUUUGUCACGCACGGGAAUGAGAAGAUACUUUUCACUCUGCAUGUUUCUAUGGUAAACUGGAAUUCCAGAUAAUGGUUGCACAAAGCAGUUUUUCCCCCUAAGUGUUAAACUCUAAAGUACCAAUGAUAUAUCUUAUAACUUACUUCAUGGUCCAAAGAGCGUCAAGCUAAGAUAUUGUGACUAUGUUGGUGAUAGCAUGGUAAGAAAGAGCAACAAGACUACUGUUUACUAGUCACUUCCUUUCCUUCCCAAAACUCAGAGAAAACUAUUUAUUGAAAUGGACAAAAUUUGAGCUAUUAUACCAUAGUAAAAUUUAAAAUCAAAAAACUCUAUGGGACCAAAUAAUUCCAUUCCAGUCUUUUAAAAAAAAUCUCUCGCAUUUUUUUUUCAAAAGUUAGGUUUUUGUUUCAUUUUGUUUUUCUAUUUGACAGUUGCCAUGCAGUCUUAACACAGAUCUCCUUUUGUGUGGAAUGGGCCGAGUCUUCCAGAAGCAAAAAGGAGAUUAUAAACAACAUCAAACACUUGAUUUAAUGGUAGACCACAGCAAUGGAAUUUGGAAGCAUAAUACCCUAUGUUCACACUUAGUUCAUAGAACUGGAAAGUAGAGACAGCUUUUUUACUUUCGUCAUUUUGAAUUGUUCAUAAUGAAAGUACCCAGAAUGUGAGCUUGUCAUUUGCAAGGUUGUACUGAUUGUCUUAAGGCAAUGUACAAUUGAAAUUAUAUCCAGUUCCAGAGAAAAUUCUUAAUAUUUACAUAGCAUAAAAAUAAAAGCCCAGGGGGCUGGAGAGAUGGCUCAGUGGUUAAGAGCAUUGCCUGCUCUUCCAAAGGUCCUGAGUUCAAUUCCCAGCAACCACAUGGUGGCUCACAACCAUCUGGAAUG